GAGAGAUUUAUUAUUAAAGAAACUCAUAAGAGGAGCAAAGAAUAAAGACUGAUUCUUUACGUCCACUCACUGCGUCCCUCACCUGUCAACAUGUCUGAUGGGAAACAGAUCACAGAGUUUUUGAGGGACCGUAUUGGAAAUCUGGGGAUCUCCAGUCUGGUUCUGGUUGUUUUGGAGAAAAUGAUGGACAAUGAUUUUGUUUGUCCUUGUCAGCCGGGCUUUAAUGAAUGGAUAUGUGUGUGUUAUGCUGUAGUGCCUUUCAUCACCUGCUUUUUUAUAACUCUAUUUUUCAUGGACUCAAAGCCAGAGGAUAAAGUAAUGAAAGGCAACUCAACAUGUAAUAAAGUUCUCUACUCUUUCCUCACAUCCUUCAUCUGGCUGUUUCUCUUCUUUUUUGAUGGUAAUUACGUGGCCUGUGCGUGUUCACACUGGGGUGGUGAGUACACUGAGACUGGAGCUUUAAAGUGGUGCAAGCCCAAAGGAAACGAGACGGAGGUGUUGGGACUUCUCCAGGAGACUCAGAGGUAUAUCACCAAAUCUCAGUUUGCAGCUUUUGCCAUAGUGUUGGUGAUCACCUCCAUUCUAGUGACAUCAUGUUGCUGCAGACUUCAUUGCUGUCAUGUUCGCUGUCAUGGACACUGUAAUAGCUGCUUUAUUCCUGACUGUGAACACUGCUGUAAUGGUGAUCAGCAGACUGGAGACGUGUCACUGAGAGGUUCAGCAGGAGAGGCUCGGUGAUCAGAUGGUUGUGAGAUCAGAUCCCAGUAGUGUAGAUAGUGACGAUUCUACAGCUUUAACAUUAAAAUUAAUUACAUGUUUAAUAUAACUGGAUGUUAAACAUAUAAUGUUUUGAUCGAGAUUUGUUUUAUUAUUUUUGUUUGAGACAAAGCUAGAGCUUUUAUAGAUAUGGAUAUUUGUCCUGUAUGUAGGUUCUCCAGAUCAGUUCUGCUGCAUUUUCAUGAGUUCUCCUCUCAGUACAGUCUGAGUUCAAUCAUGUGUUCACAUCAAAUUUGUUUAGUCAGAAACUCACUAUCAGAGUUUACACCUCAGUCUCAGUGUGAGCUCCAUGGACCAGUCAGAGCUGAAGCUGGAAGUUCUCCACAUCUUCAGGACAGAGGAGUUACCACAAGCUGAGACUGCUGAGGAAACACUGCUUAAAGCUGAGAGAAGACUUUCUCAUCAAUGUUACACAACAUUACAUUAAACAAUAAACAGACAAAAAAUUGUUUAGUAAUAAAUAAAGAGUGUAACUGAUGGUGUAAAAA